AUGUUGUUCGAUACUAAACUUUUCGCAAUAGUUACACUUUCAACUCUUAUGUUAGUAGAAUCUUAUAGAGUAAAUCAAAUGGAUAGCGACAAGCAAAUGAAACCUCGUAGAGACUACAGACCUAAUAAGUGGCUCACAAAUAGUGCUAUGGAUAUUUGGUACGGCAAUAAAACAUUCAUUGAUAUUGUGUGGAGAGAGUUUUCGGAUUUAAUGUAUAAAUUGACAGAAAGAGACGAAUCAGAUUCCUAUCGAAUAUUUCAAAGAGAAAACAAUAAAAAAAUACAACCGCAUAGAGAUUAUAGGCCUAAUAAGUGGCUCGCGAAUAGUGCUAUGGAUAUUUGGUACGGGAACAAAACAUUCAUUGAUAUAAUUUGGCAAGAAUUUGCUGAUUUAAUGUACAAAUUGACAGACAGAGCAGAACGGUCAACUGGAGAAUAUCAAUCAAAGAAGACACAAAAGAAUGCAACACUUCCUUUCAGUUAUGAAUAUUCCAAACUUGGGAGCAACAAUACAAGUAAUGAAUCGGAACAGAUAACGUCUUCUGGUCGUGCUAGAAGGUUGAAGCAUACAGGAUUAAGAGAUGCUAGGAGAAUUCCAUUAUUUGAAUGA